AUGACCUCUUCCGGAGAUCGCUACGCCAGAGAUGCGAGUGUGUCCCCGUCUAGGGGCGAGAAUACAACCCCGAACCAUGCAAGGCAAGCGCCGCAACCACAGCGCCAGACUACUGCACCCCAGGAUGCCAGGCUGCACCAACACAUGUCCCAAAACCAACACUCUGGAACAACCUACUAUCCUCCUCAGGACCGAUCGUAUCAACAAACAGCCUCAAGUCAAGGCACACUGAGCUAUACCUAUGCUCCAUCAAAUCAGCCCGCCUACCAGGGAAGUCGUAUUACCCAGGGAUCCAACGAUACUCCUGGUGGUCAAUACCAAGUAAAUUUGCCAGGGGUCCAGCACUCUAUGGAUGACCCUCGACAAAGAACAACCAACUUCGUGAACGGCCAGCAAGUUCGAAUCGAAUCGUCUCCUGACGAAGCCGAACAGAACGGUAUCAGACGUGGUACCAACACUAUCUCAAAAUUUGACAGCCAGUUUACGAGGGCUGCCGGUACCAGCACUUCGGCCAGUGAGACUCAGAGGGAUGAGCGAUAUCCUCAACACACUCGUCAAAGUUAUCCUGGCUAUUCUGGCUAUCCCAGAACCAUCGACUAUCGCGACCAAAAUGACAGCUCUUCACAAGCACAGCGGUGA